CUCUAAGCAGCGGCGCCAUUUUGAGGAGGAGAAGCUGCGCUGAGUUCAGGAUCUGCGUCUCUACCAGACAGUAAAGCUGAGGAAGAAGGAGAAGCUGCAGGAGGAGCUGAGUGUGAAGGAGAGCUGGAGGAGUCCUGCUGAGGAAGGAGGAGAAGCUGCAGGAGGAGCUGAGUGUGUAGGAGAGCUGGAGGAGACCUGCUGAGGAAGGAGGAGAAGCUGCAGAAGGAGCUGAGUGUGUAGGAGACCUGCUGAGGAGCUGAGUGUGAAGGAGAGCUGGAGGAGUCCUGCUGAGGAAGGAGGAGAAGCUGCAGGAGGAGCUGAGUGUGAAGGAGAGUUGGAGGAGACCUGCUGAGGAAGGAGGAGAAGCUGCAGGAGGAGCUGAGUGUGAAGGAGAGCUGGAGGAGACCUGCUGAGGAAGGAGGAGAAGCUGCAGGAGGAGCUGAGUGUGAAGGAGAGUUGGAGGAGACCUGCUGAGGAAGGAGGAGAAGCUGCAGGAGGAGCUGAGUGUGAAGGAGGGCCUAGGAGUCCUGCUGAGGAAGGAGGAGAAGCUGCAGGAGGAGCUGAGUGUGAAGGAGAGUUGGAGGAGUCCUGCUGAGGAAGGAGGAGAAGCUGCAGGAGGAGCUGAGUGUGAAGGAGAGCUGGAGGAGUCCUGCUGAGGAAGGAGGAGAAGCUGCAGGAGGAGCUGAGUGUGAAGGAGAGCUGGAGGAGACCUGCUGAGGAAGGAGGAGAAGCUGCAGGAGGAGCUGAGUGUGAAGGAGAGCUGGAGGAGACCUGCUGAGGCAGAGCUUCACCGGAGAGAGCAAGAUGAAGACUGUGUGGGUGCUGACUCUGGUCCUCCACUGCGCUCUUUCAGAGAAGUUUAAGGUUGUGGGUCCAGGUUCUCCUGUUGUCGCUGUAGCUGGUUCCGCUGUUGUUCUGCCGUGUUCUGUUCGACGCUCAGCUGGUCAGUCCAGUCUGAGUGCUGUGGAUAUGAACAUUACGUGGACCAGAUCAGACCUGGGAGAAGCUCUAGUGCAUCUCUAUGCUAAUCAGAAAGACGUGAACACCAGGCAGAUUCCUCAGUACAGAGGGAGAACAGCUGUGUUUACAGAGGAGCUCCAGAACGGGAACGUCUCACUGAGACUGACUGACGUUAAACUUCAUGAUGAAGGAGAUUAUAAAUGUCUUGUUGAGUCCAGAUUCUGGGAAGAUGAAGUCUCUUUUAAUCUCAGAGUUGAAGUGAUUGGAGAACGUCCAGUGAUCUCUGUGGAGAAAUAUGAUAGUAACUCUGAACAGUUCAGUUUACUGUGUGAGUCUAAAGGCUGGCGGCCUGAGCCGGAUCUUCAGCUGCUGAACAGUAAAGGAGAAAAUCAGACUGCAGGAGAUCCAGAGAUACAGAGACACACUGUGCUGUUCAACGUGAAACGGCGCUUCACUGUACACAAGAACCACAUCGACACGUUCUACUGCAGAGCCACACUGGGAGAACACAAGGAGGAGAAGGAGAUCAGACCUAUCGUCUUCUAUGAUCUCCUGCCCAUGUCAACUGGUGCCAAAGUGGGUAUAGGGUUUGCAGUUGCAGUGGUUUUAGUCCUCAUCCUGGCUGGCAUCGUUUAUUUCAAAUAUAAAGAAAGGCCAGAAAAGGAAGAACUGAAAAGAGUGAUACUUGCUUUGGAGAAGCCUGAAGAGGAGCAGCGUAACGACUGUUCAGUGGAGAUGGGUCUGCUGAAGCCUGAAGAGGAGCAGCGUAAUGACUCCUCAGUGACGACUGCUUUGUUGAAGGAUCUAAGAAAAGUCCCACUACAGAUAUUAAGGAAAAGGCUGCGUCGACUGCUGAAAUCUCGCUCUGGAGUUCUUCUGUGUGGUAAAGGUCUCACAGAGAAAAGCUGUGCUGUCCUGGCCUCAGCUCUCAGCUCACAGAACUCAAACCUAACAGAACUGGACCUGAGUCAGAAUACACUGCGUAAUUCAGAAGUGAAGAAGCUCUGUGAGGGACUGAGGAGUCCAAACUGUAAACUAAAGAAACUGAGACUGUCAUAUUGUCGUCUCACAGAGGAAAGCUGUGCUGAUUUGGCUUCAGUUCUCAUGGUAAAGAACUCACCACUGAGAGAACUGGACCUGAGUUAUAAUGAACUGCAGGAUUCAGGAGUGAAGAAGCUCUGUGACGGACUGAGGAGAGAAAACUGUAAACUGGAGACUCUGAAACUGAGUAACUGCAGUAUUACAGAUGAAGGCUGUGCUGAACUGGUUAAAGCGCUGAAAUCAAACCCCUCAUACCUGACAGAGCUGGAUCUGACCGCAAAUCAACUAGGACCUUCAGGAGUGGAGCAGCUCAAUAUACUAAAGAACGAUCGGCACUAUACACUGGAGAAACUACAGUACUGAGCACACAGACGCCGAGCCUGAAGAGAUUCCCACCCACAGAUCUGAGGACUCUCUGUGUUUGAUGGUCAUCUGUGUGUUUGUGUUUUCAGUGGUUAAAUAUAAGAACAGGUGCUGUGCAGGUUGAUCUGCUCUCCCUGUAACGUCACUUCUUGUUCACAGGUGACUGCACCUUCAGUGACCUGUCAAUCAAAUUGUUUAUGUUAUAGUACAGCCCACAUACAGAGAGAGAGAGAAAGAGAGAAACAGAGAGAGAGAGAGAGAGACAGAGAGAGAGAGAGAGAGAGAGAAACAGAGAGAGAGAGAGAGAGAGAGAGAGAGAAACAGAGGAAAUGAGUUUCAUAAAUGCCUCCAGAAACAGAAACAUUUCCGUAAUCAGUGAUGCAGAUGAGAGGAGGAGCUUGCAUGAUUAUAGACCCCCAUUAGUCUCACACACACACACACACACACACACACACACACACACACACACACACACACACACACACACACACACUCAAACACACACACUCAUACACACACACACUCACACACUCACACAGAUAUGAGGCUGUUUCAGCAGCACAGAGAGACUAAAUGAUCAGUUCAGCAGCUGAAGCUCUGCUGUCCUUCUGAAGGUCAUUAAGACGUAGUGAAGAUGACCUCUGACUCCUCUGACCACAACAUUCCACACCCGUUUUUCUCUCAGCUCUUUCUGUCUCUCUUCCUCUUUCCGUCCUGCAUUUAACCUGCAUCCCAGUGUAGCUCCACAGAUGAUGGGCUGUACCUUCUGCUUCUGCUGUAUUUGCAUGACCUGCUCUGCGGUGUGUUUCUGCUGCAGGUCGUAGUGCGGUGAACUACAGUGGUGGGCAGUAUGGCAGAAAUACAUCACAGUAAUUAGAUCUAAUCGUGGUUUACAGUAUCAGUGGUGAUGUUUUGACUCAGACACAAUGUGCUAGUAGAGCUACAUAUAAAAACUGAUUGUGCUGUUUAUGACUGGACAUGCAGGUGGUCAGUCUUCUUUAAUUACAGAAUAAAUCCACAAUAUGCUCAGAAAAGCAUGUUGUUUAUCAUAAUAACAAGAUUUCUCAUGAUAAAUAUCACCAUAUUGCCCACGUCUAAUAUAAACUAUGACUUUAGUGUAUCUUCUACAUUCUGCUUGUGUGUUUUUACUCUGAGUGUAGAAGUUCUUUGUUUUUAACACCGAAUGUUCUGAACUGGGCUGCACGGCUGGUGAUGAUGAAUCAGUGGUUCUGAUGGUGAACAGUAGUGCAGCGCAGUGCAUUGAUGUGUGAAAAGCCUUUUGAUAUUAUUACAUAUUAUUUUACUGUUAUAUCUUCUAACAUGAUUCUGACACCAGUGUAGUGUGAAUGAGCUUUAGACUCAGCUGAGUGUCUGUAACCCAGAGCUCCAGCAGGAUCAGGCUUCAUUACACACUUCACCACCAGGGGGAGACAAACAGUAAGACAUUAUAAAGCUUACUGCAGUGGAAGAGCUGACUCUGUCUGCCUCAGUCUGCCUCUGUCUUUAUGGUCUAUAUAUCCUUGUGUUUAUAAACAUAAAGACAAAAAGAAACAAAAUAAGUGUGUUGAAAUUUUAUUAGCCUUUUAUUGUGUUGCUACAUGUUUUACUUUUACAUUAUUAUUUUACUUCAAUAUUUACUAAAGUGAUCCUGAUUCUGACACCAGUGUAGUGUCAAUGAGCUUUAGACUCUUUAGUGUCUGUAAUCCAGAGCUCCAGCAGGAUCAGGCUUCAUUACACACUUCACCACCAGGGGGAGACAAACAGUAAGACAUUAUAAAGCUUACUGCAGUGGAAGAGCUGACUCUGUCUGCCUCAGUCUGCCUCUGUCUUUAUGGUCUAUAUAUCCUUGUGUUUAUAAACAUAAAGACAAAAAGAAACAAAAUAAGUGUGUUGAAAUUUUAUUAGCCUUUUAUUGUGUUGCUACAUGUUUUACUUUUACAUUAUUAUUUUACUUCAAUAUUUACUAAAGUGAUCCUGAUUCUGACACCAGUGCAGCGUGAAUGAGCUUUAGACUCAGCUGAGUGUCUGUAACCCAGAGGUCCAGCAGGAUCAGGCUUCAUUACACACUUCACCACCAGGGGGUGACAAACAGUAAGACAUUAUAAACCUUACUGCAGUGGAAGAGCUGACUCCGUCUGCCUCAGUCUGCCUCAGUCUGCCUCUGCCUUCAUGCUUUUCUCAUUGUGUUUAUAAAUGAAAAAAAAACAAAAGAAACAAGAAGUGUGACUUUAAACGUGUGGCCUCUGAUUGUAUUAUUACAGAUUAUUUUACGUUUUUAUUAACUCCACAUUUAUAAUCUGUUACAUGUCUGAAGCCAAUAAAGCGUGUUGAGAUGA